ACUAACAAAAUUGCGACAGCGUCGUAAACCCAAUGUUAUGGUGAAGAACUGUGACCACUGAUGUCCUCUAAGCUAAAUUGUCUUUAUCCAUAUUGAACAUUCCACUAGUUAUAAUUUCCUUUUCACUGCUAACCUUCACAAUCAGAAACCAUGGCAAGCACUUUGGCACGUAAAGCCGUUGAUCAUCUCAAAAGCAAGGAGUUCAGAGAGUAUUUGACGAGCACACAUUUCUGGGGACCUGUGGCAAACUGGGGUCUGCCUAUAGCUGCCAUCAGUGACAUGAAGAAAAGCCCAGAAAUAAUCAGUGGCAGAAUGACCUUUGCUCUGACCUGCUACUCACUGUUGUUUAUGAGGUUUGCGUACAAAGUUCAGCCAAGGAAUUGGCUCCUCUUCGCCUGCCACCUAACCAAUGAGACGGCACAGAUAAUUCAAGGAUCACGGCUUAUCAAAUACAACAUGGAGAAGAAGUCAUCUUAGUGAUUGACUUAUGAGGAAUUCAUAGUAUCAUAAGGAAACCAGCAUAGUUUGGCCCCAUUUGUGUGUAUGGCCAUUUUAUCUUGUCAUUGCAUAUACCUAGCUAUGUAACACUCUAAACUACUAAGGGUUAAUUAACUUCAACUGCUCUUGAAAAUCUGCAUGUCUGUUUGGAUGUGUAAAGUCAGUAGAUUUUGCAUAACAUUUUAUGCACUCAAAAUGAUAGUAACAUUCUGGUAAAUGUAUUGGCUACCACCAACAUCACAGUCUUUAUCAGAAUGCACAUGCAAUGACAGUGGUUUGACAAUGACAUUUGACACUGUUUUUUUUUCCAUGGGGAAGGUAAUGAAUAAACUCUUAUCUGUGU